UGUUUUUCAGGGGUGUGGAUUGCACAGGAGACAGAGCACAUCAGCCCUAAAGGCAGGCAAUAUUUGGGAGGCACCUUCAUGGUGGUUUCUUCCUCUUGCUGUCCCCAGCCAUUGUUUCCAUCCCCCCACAUCCAUCCAUCCAACCCCUGGGAAGGUGUCUGGCUCUGGCUGUUUGGAUUGCACCUGCCCUGUGCGCAGCAGCAUCGUCUAUCUCCCCCUCUCUCCUCCCAUCCACAAUACAGGAGGUGCCGCUGCUCAGCAUCCAGGAGAGGAGACACGCCUGGUACAGGGGGGGCACAGCGAUCCCAGCCUUGGAAUUACAUGGCAUCCACGUCCUGAUGGCCAAGAAAUAGAGGAUAUUCCCCGAUCCUGUGGGAGGACAGAGCCCGACAGCAUCCGAGGAGGAGAGCAUUGUUCCCAUUUCCUGGAAUUCCAUUAUGAAAGGAGCCAAGCAGUAAAUUUAAAAGGUGCAGGAUGAAAAGAUGGCGCAGGCACGACUUGUACCACCAGGACCCGACAGCUUCCACUAUUUCACCAGGGAAUCCCUUGACGCUAUCGAGAAACGCAUUGCAGAGGAGAAGGCAAAGAAGCCCAAGCAAGAGCAAAACAUUGACGAUGAUGAAAAUGGCCCCAAGCCGAGCAGUGACUUGGAAGCGGGCAAAAGUCUGCCAUUUAUAUAUGGUGAUAUACCACCUGGAAUGGUGUCAGAGCCACUGGAGGACCUAGACCCAUAUUACAUGAAUCAGAAAACUUUUAUAGUAUUGAAUAGAGGGAAGGCAAUCUUCCGCUUCAGUGCCACGUCUGCCUUGUACAUUUUAACCCCCUUCAACCCUCUUAGAAAAGUAGCUAUUAAGGUUUUGGUACAUUCAUUAUUCAGCAUGCUCAUUAUGUUCACUAUUUUGACCAACUGCGUGUUCAUGACCAUGAGUAAUCCCCCAGAAUGGACGAAGAAUGUAGAAUACACAUUCACUGGAAUCUAUACAUUCGAGUCUCUGAUAAAAAUUCUUGCAAGGGGUUUUUGUCUAGAGAAAUUUACUUUCCUGAGGGACCCAUGGAACUGGCUGGAUUUCAGUGUAAUCCUUAUGGCAUAUGUCACAGAGUUUGUGGACCUGGGCAAUGUCUCAGCAUUGAGAACAUUCAGAGUUCUCCGAGCAUUGAAAACAAUUUCAGUAAUUCCAGGUCUGAAGACCAUUGUGGGUGCCCUGAUUCAGUCGGUUAAGAAGCUUUCGGAUGUGAUGAUUCUGACAGUGUUUUGUCUGAGUGUCUUUGCACUAAUAGGACUGCAGCUUUUCAUGGGACACCUACGGAAUAAAUGCUUACUGUGGCCUCCACUAUACAGCACUUAUGAAAUGAACUUCACAUCCUACUUCAAUGGCACAAUGAACAGCAACAGCACGUUUUUCAACAGAACUGUCCCUAACUUUGACUGGCAGGAAUACGUUGAAGACGAUUCACACUUUUACAAGUUGGAAGGUCACAAGGACUUUUUGCUGUGUGGAAACUCAUCAGAUUCAGGUCAAUGCCCAGAAGGAUAUGUGUGUGUUAAGAUUGGAAGAAACCCCAAUUAUGGAUAUACAAGCUUUGAUACAUUCAGCUGGGCUUUCUUAUCCCUUUUUCGACUCAUGACUCAAGACUAUUGGGAAAAUCUAUAUCAGCUGACUCUUCGAGCCGCUGGUAAGACCUACAUGAUCUUCUUUGUGUUGGUGAUCUUCUUGGGAUCCUUUUAUCUGGUCAAUCUGAUCCUGGCUGUGGUAGCUAUGGCUUAUGAGGAACAGAAUCAGGCAACACUGGAAGAAGCAGAGAAGAAAGAGACUGAAUUUCAGCAAAUGUUGGAGCAACUUAAAAAACAACAAGAAGAAGCUCAGGCGGCAGCUGCAGCAGCACUUAAUCUAUCGAAAGAGUACAGCGAAGAGGGCGGCUUUGGGCCCCUUUCUGAAAGUUCGUCAGAGGCUUCUAAGCUAAGUUCCAAAAGUGCCAAAGACCGACGCAACCGAAAGAAGAAAAAAAGACAGAAAGAGUUUGGAGAAGACGAUGAGAAAGGGGAUGACGACAAGUUUCCAAAGUCUGAAUCUGAAACGAGUAUCAAGAGGAAAGGUUUUCGUUUCUCUAUUGAAGGAAAUCGACUAACCUAUGAAAACAAGUUCUCUUCUCCGCACCAGUCAUUGCUGAGUAUCCGCGGAUCUCUGUUUUCACCAAGACGUAACAGCAGAGCCAGCCUCUUCAGCUUCAGAAACCGUGCAAAAGACAUGGGGUCAGAGAAUGACUUUGCUGAUGAUGAACACAGCACCUUUGAGGACAAUGAGAGCAGAAGAGGCUCUUUAUUUGUACCGCACAGCCACGGAGAAAGGAGGAACAGCAAUAUCAGCCAAGCCAGCAAAUCAUCCAAGACAAUGCUUCCGUUGAAUGGGAAGAUGCACAGCACAGUGGAUUGCAAUGGAGUAGUGUCUCUGCUGGGAGGUCCAUCUGUCCCGACAUCGCCUGUUGGACUUCUUCUGCCAGAGGUGAUAAUAGAUAAACCAGCUUCUGAUGACAAAGGAACCACCACAGAGACUGAGAUAAGGAAGCGCAAGCCAAGCUGUUAUCAGGUUUCUAUGGAUCUUUUGGAAGAUCCAACAUUCAUGAGACAGAGAGCCUUGAGUGUUGCUAGUAUAUUGACCAACACAAUGGAAGAACUUGAAGAAUCCAGGCAGAAGUGUCCUCCAUGUUGGUACAAGUUUGCAAACACCUUCUUAAUCUGGGACUGCACUGAUAGGUGGCUGAGCAUAAAGCAUAUUGUCAAACUGGUUGUAAUGGAUCCUUUUGUGGACCUGGCGAUAACAAUUUGCAUCGUUUUAAACACAUUAUUCAUGGCCAUGGAGCAUUACCCCAUGACUGACGAAUUUAAUUAUGUCCUUAGUGUUGGAAACUUGGUUUUCACUGGAAUCUUUACAGCAGAAAUGAUAUUUAAGCUGAUUGCCUUAGAUCCAUACUAUUAUUUCCAAGAAGGCUGGAACAUUUUUGAUGGAAUCAUCGUGAGCCUCAGUUUGAUGGAGCUGGGUCUGGCUAAUGUGGAAGGAUUAUCUGUGCUUAGAUCAUUCAGAUUGCUCCGAGUCUUCAAGUUGGCAAAAUCAUGGCCUACUCUCAACAUGCUGAUCAAGAUCAUCGGUAACUCUGUGGGAGCUCUGGGAAACCUGACCUUGGUGUUGGCUAUCAUUGUGUUUAUUUUUGCUGUGGUCGGCAUGCAGCUGUUUGGUAAGAGCUACAAGGAAUGUGUCUGUAAGAUCUCAGAUGACUGCGAGCUUCCACGCUGGCACAUGAACGACUUCUUCCAUUCCUUCCUGAUUGUGUUCCGAGUACUCUGUGGAGAGUGGAUCGAGACUAUGUGGGACUGUAUGGAGGUGGCCGGACAAUCUAUGUGCCUUUUGGUCUUCAUGUUAGUGAUGGUCAUUGGCAAUCUUGUGGUUUUGAAUUUGUUCCUGGCCUUGUUACUGAGUUCAUUUAGUUCCGACAACCUCACCGCAACAGACGAUGACAAUGAGAUGAACAACCUUCAGAUUGCUGUGGGAAGAAUACAGAGGGGAAUAGAUUUUGUAAAGAAAACAAUGCGAGAAUGCAUCCAGAAAGCCUUUGUGAAGAAACAAAAAGCUCUAGAUGAAAUCAAACCUCUCGAGGAUCUGCACAACCGGAAAGAGAGCUGUCUUUAUAACCAUAAUGCCGUUGAUAUUAAUAAAGACUUAGAUUAUCACAAAGGUGGAAAUGGAACUACAAGCGGAGUAGGCAGCAGUGUGGAAAAGUAUAUUAUUGAUGAGAGUGAUUACAUGUCCUUUAUACAUAAUCCAAGCCUCACCGUGACUGUUCCCAUCGCUGUUGGGGAAUCUGAUUUUGAAAAUCUCAAUACAGAAGACUUCAGCAGUGAAUCUGACCUGGAAGAAAGUAAAGAGAAGCUGAACAUGACCAGCUCAUCUGAAGGUAGCACGGUGGAUAUCAGACCCCCUGGGGCAGUUGUGGAAGGAGAAGGAGAGUUGUUGGAGAUUGAACCGGAGGAAGCUAUGGAGCCAGAUGCCUGCUUCACAGAAGGAUGUGUAAAAAGAUUUCCAAUUUGCACUGUGAACAUUGAUGAAAAAAAUGGCAAGCUAUGGUGGACAUUCAGGAAAACCUGCUAUACAAUUGUUGAACACAACUGGUUUGAAACCUUCAUUAUCUUCAUGAUUCUUCUGAGUAGUGGAGCGCUGGCUUUCGAAGAUAUCUACAUAGAACAAAGGAAAACCAUCAAAACCAUGCUGGAAUAUGCUGAUAAAGUCUUCACGUACAUCUUUAUCCUUGAAAUGCUUCUGAAAUGGGUGGCGUAUGGAUUUGUAAAAUAUUUCACCAACGCCUGGUGCUGGCUGGACUUCCUGAUUGUUGAUGUCUCUCUUGUUAGCUUAGUAGCUAACGCCUUGGGAUACUCUGAACUAGGGGCUAUUAAGUCCCUAAGGACAUUAAGGGCCUUGAGACCACUGAGAGCCCUUUCACGGUUUGAAGGGAUGAGGGUGGUUGUAAAUGCACUGAUCGGAGCCAUUCCUUCCAUUAUGAACGUACUUCUGGUUUGUCUGAUAUUCUGGUUAAUUUUCAGUAUAAUGGGUGUGAAUCUGUUUGCCGGAAAAUAUUAUCAUUGUGUUAACACUACCACUGGUGAAAUAUUUCCAAUUACUGAAGUUGAAAACCAGUCAGACUGUUUACUGCUAAUAAAGGCCAAUGAAAGUGCUCGGUGGAAGAACGUUAAAGUCAAUUUUGAUAACGUAGGAGCUGGUUAUCUUGCUUUACUCCAAGUAGCAACGUUUAAAGGCUGGAUGGAUAUAAUGUAUGCUGCAGUUGACUCCCGAAAGCUACAAGAGCAACCUAAAUAUGAAGACAACUUAUAUAUGUAUUUAUACUUUGUCAUCUUCAUCAUAUUUGGCUCCUUUUUCACUCUGAACCUCUUCAUUGGUGUCAUUAUUGACAAUUUCAACCAGCAAAAGAAGAAGUUUGGAGGUCAGGAUAUCUUCAUGACAGAGGAGCAAAAGAAAUAUUAUAACGCCAUGAAAAAGCUGGGAUCUAAAAAGCCACAAAAGCCCAUUCCAAGACCACCGAAUAAAUACCAAGGUUUUGUGUUCGAUAUUGUAACAAGGCAAGCCUUUGAUAUCACCAUCAUGAUACUUAUUUGCCUUAACAUGGUGACAAUGAUGAUUGAAACAGAUGAACAGAGCCAAGAUAUGGAAAAUAACUUGUACUGGAUCAACUUGGUCUUCAUUGUCCUGUUCACUGGUGAAUUUGUUAUGAAACUGAUCUCACUACGGUAUUAUUACUUCACAAUUGGCUGGAACAUUUUUGAUUUUGUUGUUGUUAUUCUCUCCAUUGUUGGCAUGUUUCUGGCCGACAUGAUAGAAAACUAUUUUGUUUCUCCAACAUUAUUCAGAGUUAUAAGACUUGCCAGGAUUGGGAGAAUCUUGCGUCUCAUUAAAGGAGCCAAGGGAAUUCGCACUCUACUUUUUGCUUUGAUGAUGUCACUUCCAGCCCUGUUCAAUAUUGGUCUUCUGCUCUUCUUAGUGAUGUUUAUUUACGCUAUCUUUGGAAUGUCCAACUUUGCCUAUGUCAAGAAAGAAGCAGGAAUUGAUGACAUGUUUAAUUUUGAAACAUUUGGCAACAGUAUGAUUUGCUUGUUCCAAAUUACUACAUCAGCUGGGUGGGAUGGAUUAUUAGCCCCAAUUCUGAAUAGUGGAGCACCAGACUGUGACCCACAUGCAGAACACCCUGGGAGUUCUGUUAGAGGAGAUUGUGGUAACCCAUCUGUUGGGAUUUUUUUCUUUGUAAGUUAUAUCAUCAUAUCCUUUUUAGUGGUGGUAAACAUGUAUAUUGCUGUCAUUUUGGAGAACUUUAGUGUUGCCACGGAGGAAAGUGCAGAACCUCUUGGAGAGGAUGACUUUGAAAUGUUCUAUGAAGUCUGGGAAAAGUUUGAUCCAGAUGCAACACAAUUCAUUCAGUACUGUAAAUUGCCUGAUUUUGCUGAUGCCCUGGAUCCACCUCUUCGCAUACCAAAACCAAACAGAGUUCCGCUUAUUGCAAUGGAUCUUCCCAUGGUAAGCGGUGACAGAAUUCACUGCCUUGACAUCUUGUUUGCCUUUACAAAGCGAGUGUUGGGUGAAGGAGACGAAAUGGAUAAUCUUCGCCAACCAAUGGAAGAGCGUUUUAUGGCAUCCAACCCUUCAAAGGUCUCCUAUGAACCAAUUACGUCUACCUUACGGAGAAAACAAGAGGAAUUGUCAGCAAUCAUCAUUCAGCGAUGUUUCCGGAAAUUUCUUUUUUGGAAAACUAUUAAACAUGCUUCAUAUAUGUAUAGAAAAGAUAGAAUGAAAGAAGUAAAUAGCUUGCCUAUUAAAGAAGACAUGGUUAUUGACAAGCUUAAUGGGAACUCAACUACAGAAAAAACUGAUAUAACACCCUCUACAACAUCACCUCCAUCGUACGAUAGCGUAACAAAACCAGAAAAGGAAAAACACGAAAAAGACAAAGCAGAAAAAGAGGACAAAAGCAAAGAUUCCAGAGAGAAUAAAAAAUAAAACUGCACAUUUUUUCAUUUGUGUGAUAAAUUGUUUACAACCUGUGAAGAUGACCCAUCUGUGUCAACAGGACUCCUCUUGGAGAUCUAUGCCAAACUGACAGUUCUUGCAUACAUGUACUCAAGGUCAGUGCCUAUAAUAAGACAGUGACCUCUUGUCAAGAGAUGGUGUAUCAGCCUUGACUGGUGGUUACUGUUUAAACAACCAGUUGACACUUCUUACGCAGAGGUCCACAAACGGCUUCUUAGUCUGUCGGGACCAGUCAUGGGAAUGCAAACUUAUAUUGUUUGUGUGUUUUACAUAAAACACUGUAGUACAAUAAUUGUGUCCACUGUCUGCAUUUUCGAUUACCAUACUGCCAUAUGUUUACAGACUUGUGUUAGUGGAACAACUGUUUUUUUUUUGUUUGUUUGUUUUUUUAUUUGUAGGUCAUUUAUUUAUAUAUGUGACUAUUUUUGUAUAUGGGUUUUACAGUACAUUGGGGAUAUAAUACAACCUUUAAAAAAUAUUAUAAGUCUAAGAAAAAAAAAAA